AUGGCACCUCGAGUCGCAAUUGUAUUUUACUCGCUUUAUGGGCAUAUCCAGAAGCUAGCUGAGGCGGAAUUGAAAGGCAUUGUUUCUGCUGGUGGCAAGGCCGAUAUUUACCAGGUGGCAGAGACUCUUUCAGAUGACGUUCUGCAAAAGAUGCACGCACCACCGAAGUCUUCCUACCCUGUCAUUGACACUCACAAACUACUGGAGUAUGAUGCGGUGUUGUUUGGCAUUCCAACCCGUUACGGCAACUUUCCUGCUCAGUGGAAAACAUUUUGGGACAGGACUGGUGGUAUCUGGGCCUCAGGUGGCUACUGGGGAAAGUACGCGGGCGUUUUCGUCUCCACAGGUACCCAAGGCGGGGGACAGGAAUCAACUGCUAUUUCUUCCAUGAGUACUCUCGCUCAUCAUGGAUUUAUCUAUGUUCCUUUGGGAUAUAAGACCGUGUUCCCACUGCUAGGAAAUCUAGAUGAAGUGCAUGGAGGAUCUCCUUGGGGAGCUGGUACUUUCGCGGCUGCGGAUGGUUCCCGGCAGCCAACUCCCUUGGAGUUGGAAAUCGCCGAAACUCAGGGCAAGGAUUUUUGGGGCACUAUCUCGAAGGUCAAUCUUUAA